AUGGGUGGAUUCUGCUGCCGGUCAUGGGCUGGCGCCGGCCCACAUUCCUCUAUCUUGCUCGUUCGGGAAAUGGCCGUACCAAGGGAUCAGGGCGCGGUAUGCUUCCAGUACCACUCUAUCUCAGUUGUUCCUGGCGCGCACUUUGCAUUCGCUGCAUACCUCGACAGCAAGAGGUCGACCGCGUCGCUGGGUCGCUGGAUGUGGACCAGAUCCUCCCUGAACGCGCUUAGAUCGAUCGACUCGAUGAUCACCGGCAUCCCACCAUUCUUGUUAGGCGGGGUGCUAGUUUUUCUUGUGCCUUUCUAUCACUCGUACACGCCUAAGAACAGUGCGCAGAGGUCUCGAGGCGAUCCUCGCCGGAUGUAUACCCUUGCUCCGAUGUGUCUGCUCGGGCACAAAUACGCAUCGGGAAGCGCGCAAUGA